AUGGCGGCAAGUGCAGGUUGCACGAUUUUAUUUCCUGAAUCCGAACCCGCAAAGCUUCUCAAAUGGAAGAUAAAAAAGGGUUACCGGAUUGCAAAAGGAUCCUUACUUGCUCUUUAUUCACAUGGAAAUGAAGAGAGCAUCCAGAAAUUGAAAUCCCAGGAGAUAGGCCUUGUGGAAGAGCUGCUUAUUUCUGAAGGAGAAACAAUCUGUUUUGGGACACCACUGAUCAAAAUAAAAGGAUGUGAUCACCCCGUUGUCAUGAAAGAUAUGUGUGCUGAGUGUGGAGAAGAUCUUAGGGAGAGAUUUGGAUGUGCUGGUGACAGAAAAGAAACUGCCAGUGCAUCAGUUGCCAUGGUUCACAGCAUCCCUGAGCUCACAGUCAGUGAAGCAGAAGCGUUCGAGAUUGGCCAUGCUGAUGAACAGCGUCUGCUGACAUCCAAGAAGCUGGUUCUCCUUGUUGAUCUUGAUCAGACUCUGCUCCAUACGACAAACGAUAACAUUCCACCUAACCUCAAGGAUGUGGUUCAUUUUCAACUUUGGCACGGCUCAAACCAACUCUGGUACCACACCAAGUUCCGACCUGGUACCGAGAAAUUCCUCAAAAAGAUCGCCACCAUGUACGAGUUGCAUAUAUGUACUUUUGGUGUUCGCAUGUACGCACAUAUGAUAGCACGCCACCUGGAUCCCGAGGGCAAACUAUUCUCACAUCGGAUCCUGUCGAGAGAUGAAUGUUUUGAUCAUCAGUCUAAGACAGCUAAUCUGAAGGCGCUGUUUCCAUGUGGUGAUGUCAUGGUCUGUAUCAUCGAUGAUCGUGAAGAUGUCUGGAACCGUGCGCCAAACUUGAUCCACGUCAAGCCAUAUCGGUUCUUCCAGGGGACGGCUGAUAUCAAUGCACCACCAGGAAUGGAUAAGACUGAUGAUGUGAGUGCCGAGAUCAAGGCAGACAGUGUACUACAUCACCCAGAAGGUGAAAACAAUCCUGACGAAAAGGAUAAAGCUUUGACAUCGAUGCAAAAUCUUGAGCUAAAAUCGGAAUCAGAAAGCAAUAAUGCAGCAGGAGACAGCGAUUCUAAUGAAUUGCCACCACCGGUAAAAGAAGAAGUUUCUCUUAGUGAGGAUGAUUCUAAAAUGGAAACUGACUCUGAUGUAAAGGGUGAUGAUGUGGGUAGCAGCAGUGACUCGGGAGUUACAAGCGUUACUGCCGGUGAUGGGGUGUCCAGCAGCAGUCAAGGAGAUGUUAGCAAGGAACAUGAAAAAAUUUCAAAUGUGACUUCAUCUGAUUCAGUAGUCACUAGUGAAGUAGUUCCCAGUGACAGCUCAGUGGUGGCCUCUGGUAAUGCUGGAACAGUUUCCAGUGGUAGCCUGGUGGUUACCACUGGAACAGUUUCCAGUGGUAGCCUGGUGGUUACCGCUGGUGAUUCAGUGUUGGAAACAGUUGCCAGUGGAGAUUUGGCCAUUGUUACCAGUGACAUAGAAACAGUUUCUAGUAGUGAUGUGGAAAUGGUUUCUUCUGAGGAAUCGUCGUCUGUAUUGGUUGCUGAUGCAAAAACUGAAGUCACAGAUUUGACUGGAAAGAACUCAUCCAAAGACACUGAAAAUGACGAAGCAAUGAAAACAGGCGCUGUAUUACAUUAUCAAAAUGAGAAAUCGGGUAUGGAUUUACUAGAAUUGCAGGAUGAGGACGAUUACUUGCUUUAUCUAGAGGACAUCUUGACGAACAUUCACAAUGCAUAUUAUAACAUGCAUGACGAAUUCAAAGGUAAAGGAAAGACAGAGGUACCCGAUUUGAAAAACAUUAUCCCAUAUGUGAAGCGAAAAGUUCUCAAAGGUGCUAACAUUGUGUUCAGCUGCGUUUUCCCCAGGAAUAUUCCCCCUGAGAAAAAUAAAGAAUACCAAAUAGCAAAAUCCCUUGGGGCGGAUAUACAGGAUAAUAUUAUUUUUCCGAGCCAGAAAAACGAUCCUGCAGCGACGACGCAUCUAGUUGCAGCAAAGGUUGGUACGAUGAAAGUUAAUCAGGCAUUGAAGAGAAAACACAUUCAUGUUGUGACACCUGAUUGGCUGUGGUGUUGCUACCAUCGCUGGGAGAAGGUGACGGAGAGUCUCUUUCAUUUGACUGACGAGUCAUCUGCCACAUCUCGGGAUAGCCCAGCACCAGGACGUGUGCGCUCAUCGAAAGACAAACGCAAGCGUCCCGAUGAUAAUGAUGAUGAUGAUUUGGGGCCGAAGCGUCCGCGAGUUGAUGAUGUUGCAGAUGAUGAGAUGAUGGAGGCGGACAACAAUGAGGAAGAAAAGGCAGAUGUUGCAGCGGGAAAAAUAUCGAAAGCUGAUCGAGAAUUUCGUCAGAGUCUUUCGAUGUAUGCACUCUCCAUGGAGGAGUUGGAGGAAAUGGAUAAGGAGGUUGAUGACAUUAUCAGUGGGAAUGAUGGCGGAGAGAGCAGCGAAUCAUCCGAGAGUUCAGAUUCCGAAAUCGAUAAUAAAUUACGGCAGCGUGUGCUUAGCUGUGGUGAGCAUUCCGACUCUUCUAGUGGUGAGAGUCUUGGAGGGGAGUAUCCACGCGGCUGGAAGCGGCAGCAUGAGAAAGGCCAUCAGGUUGUUACACCAGAAGACACCGAGGACUCGCAAGAUGUUCCCGAGGAAGAUGCAAAUCAUGACCGACGCCACAAGAUCAAGAUUGGUGUUGGGGAAAGUGACAGUGACAGUGAUCAGUAUAACGAGUCGAUUGGGUCCGUAGAUGAAGAGAUGGCCCAGGCUGUAGAGAAGGAAUUUCUCGGCUGGGUAGUUCCGUAAAUUUGACAGUACAAAUAAUUUACUUUCGAGAUGAUUUCUUAGUGAGUUCAUCUGCUUUGUGUUGGCAGCGAUAUUUGGCCAACUCAUUCUAACUUUAGAAUCAAAUGCAUUUAGGGACUGCAGAUUCCACUUUGUAAACAGGCAGCUUCAUAAUCCUCGCAGUGAAUAACUUUGCAUGGAAAAUUAUUAACCUUUUGGGGUGUGACUGACUAGGCUUGUUAAAUCAACAAACACUGAUGACUUAAAACACUUGCACAGGAAGUGAACAAAGUUCCUCCUCAAGAAUGCUCCUGAAGAUACUGUGCUCAUGCAUUUUGAUCUAAUCCUGCAAAAUUGAGAUUACAUGUGCUACCAAAAAGGGCUGCCAUUUGAUCCCUAAUGAUUCUUUGACCAUUGCAAUCGGGAGUUGUUUCCGGUUAGCUCAACAUGAAAACAAAGCCCUCUGUCCCCUGUAAUAUAUGCAUGGACAGUGCUCUCCUCGGAUUUGAAUGAUGUUAGCCGGGGUGUUUUUGUUCAUGUCUCUUGUCCUGGCCAGUUUAUUGUUGUUAUUCAGGCACACUGUUCGUACUAUUGAUGAUGAUACAUUUACAUUCAGAAUUAUUAUUAUUCACGUUCACCUCGUACAGUCAAUCCUGUACAUUCAGAAUGUAUUGAAUAACUUUAAAAUGUUUUCUACAGGUUUUGAUUGCCAAAUGUUAAUAAUGUGCUUGUUGACGUUAGUGUUUGAGGCGAAUAAUGAUUUUCAUUGUAGUUUUGAGGUCACUUUACACACCUCUCAGAAAUGGUGAUUUCUUUAAAUAGCAAGGAGGUUGAGUGUAAAAUAUUUGCUGGCACUUCAAUGUACUUAAUCAGAUGUAUUGCCUCCUAUUUGUAAUGUGAAUAUGAAAAAUUGUUCAAUGAAUUGUAAAGGUGUAAAUAUUUUGAUUGUUGAUCUAGAAUAAUUCUUAUGAACUA